CAAUGCGGUGGUCUCAGUCUCCCUGCAGGGGCGUGUCUAGCAGCUCCAGUAAGGGUGGUCUUCGGUUAGGGGACACCCAUCCUCCUCCUCCUCUUCUUCAUCUUCAUCCUCAGCAGCAGUCUUUGUCCUCUGCGCGUCAAUCAUGUCCUCCAACUGGGCCGGCGGGGACCUGCUGCGCGUCCCGCUGGGACUCGUCAACAGCGAGGCCAAGUACUUGACGGCCGAGACGUUCGGCUUCAAGAUCAACGCGUCGGCCGGCAGCCUGAAGAAGAAGCAGACGUGGACGCUGGAGCAGACCGGCGAGGACGGCAGCGUGGUCUUCCUGCUGUCCCACCUGGGCCGCUACCUGGCGGCGGACAAGGACGGCAAGGUGACGGCGGACGCGGAGGCGCGCUCCCCGGACUGCCGCUUCCUCAUCGCGGCGCACGAGGACGGCCGCUGGUCGCUGCAGUCGGAGCCGCACGGCCGCUACCUGGGCGGCGGCCAGGACCGGAUCACGUGCUUCGCGCAGGCGUCCUCGGCGGCGGAGAGGUGGGGCGUCCACCUGGCCGUGCACCCGCAGGUCAACCUCUACAGCGUGGCGCGGAAACGCUUCGUGCGCCUGGGCGCCGCGCGCGGGGAGGUGUCCGCGGACCGGGACGCGCCCUGGGGGGUGGACUCGCUCAUCACCUUGGUCUACCGCGACCAGCGCUACCACCUGGAGACCUCGGACAACCACUUCCUGCGCGGGGACGGCGGCCUGGCUGCGGCCACCGAGGCGGACACCGGCUUCGUGCUGGAAUUCCGCUCUGGCAAGGUGGCCUUCCGAGACUGCGGCGGCCGCUACCUGGCGCCGGUGGGGCCGACUGGCACCGUCAAGUCCGGGAAGGUGACCCGGGUGGGGAAGGAUGAAUUGUUCGGCCUGGAGAGGAGCCGUGCGCAGGUUGUCCUCACCGCGGCCAACGACAGGAACGUGUCCACCAGGCAAGGCAUGGACCUGUCCGCCAAUCAGGACGAGGAAGGCGACCAGGAAGUCUUCCAACUGGAGAUGAGCCCCGAAGACAGGAAGUGCGCCUUCAGGACCGCCGCUGGCAAAUACUGGACCUUGACACCCAGCGGUGGACUGCAGUGCACCGCCUCCGCUAAGUCCGCCAACUCUUACUUUGACCUGGAGUGGCGUGAAGGUCGCGUUUGUGUGCGCGCGGCUAACGGGAAGUAUGUGACCGCCAAGAGGAACGGACAGCUAGCUGCAACUGUCGAAAACCAAGGUGAGGCGGAGCACUUCCUGAUGAAGCUGAUCAACCGUCCAAUCAUCGUCCUCCGCGGUGAGCACGGCUUCAUCGGCGCCCGUAAGGCCGGCGUGGCCACGCUGGACUCCAACCGAGCAUCCUACGACGUUUUCCAGCUGGAGUUCCUCAACGGAGCGUACGCCAUCAAAGAUUGGCAGGGGAAGUACUGGCGUGUCGGCGAAGACUCGGCGGUGUCGUGCAGCGAGGGCUCUCCCACACACUUUCUCUUUGAGUUCUGCGACCUCAACAAGAUGGCCGUGCGUGUGUCGGGGGGGAAGUAUCUAAAAGGAGACCACGCCGGGGGGCUCAAGGCUAUCGCCGACUCCCUGGACAGCGCCACCCUCUGGGAAUACUGAGGAAGCACAGCCAAGCGUGUGUACUGUACUCAUGUGACUCAUCUCAUUCUUUUCCUUUAUCUAUUAUCACUCUGCUUUUUACUUGCCUGGCACAAAAUACUGGAAGCUCCAAAGUCUAAUUUGUUUCAAUUAAAAAAAAAAAAUUCCCCAACACAAAUUUUUUACUCCAAAAUAUCCCCGAUGGUACUUUAGAUAAAAGUGUUAGCAAGUGUUGAGCAGAUGGCGGAUGUACAUUCAAGUAAACCUUUUAAAAUGUUCCUUUGACAUUCUGACAAAAUUACAUUUGUGUCCAAAUCAUAGUUAAAAAAAAAAAAAAAAAAGUUUAAAUUAUGCAAGCGAGUAAUAAUAGUGAUUAAUCCAAAAUCAUAAAUGUAGUUAAUCGUAAUUAUUCCAAAAAUAAUAGGUGUGGUCAAUCGUAAUUAAUUUUAAAAAACAAGUGUGUUUAAUCGUGAUUAAUCUAAAAUCACAAGUGAGUUGAGUUGAGUUGAGUGCAUUCGUACAACAUGACACAUCACAAUAUCCAGUUUCUCUUUUCAACAUGUUUGAAAAGGAGUAGGAAGAAGCAGAGCUUAUUUAAUCCUACCGCUUUUCUUUUACAUAACAGUUGCUAAAACUUUUGUUCACUUCCUGUUCUCAAUUUAUCCACAAUAUACUCCAUAAGUAAUCACAAUAAAAAAAAAAAAGUAAAUAAAUAAUACUCGGUGAAGUAAGUUACAUUUCAUAUAGUGAGAUGAGUAAGAACAAUUUCUUAUUAUUUCCCUUGUGGAUCAUUAAAGUUUAUCUAAGAUUAUUUUGAAAAUGAAUGGAUGGAUGAGAUCAAUUCAGAAUGUUUAUCAUGGUUCUUCUUCUUUGUACUAAGUGUGUUUAAUCGUGAUUAAUCCAAAAUCACAAAUGUGGAUAAUAAUGAUUAAUCCAAAGUCAUUUGGUUAUUUGGGAAUAAUGCAAAUUCAGAAGUGGUUAAUUGUGACUAAUCCAAAUUCAGAAGUGUGGUUAAUUGUGACUAAUCCAAAUUCAGACGUGUGGUUAAUUGUGACUAAUCCAAAUUCAGACGUGUGGUUAAUUGAGAUGUAUCCAAUUUCAAAAGUGUGUUUAAUCCUGAUUAAUCCAAAUUCAGAAGUGUGGUUGAUUGUGAUUAAUCCAAAUUCAGAAGUGUGGUUAAUUGUGAUUAAUUCAAAAAUCACUAGUGUGGUUAAUCGUGAUUAAUCCAAAUUCAGAAGUGCGGUUGAUUGUGAUUAAACCAAAUUCAGAAGUGCGGUUAAUAGUGACUAAUCCACAUUGGGGAAUCUGGCUAAUUGUGAUAAAUUCAAAUUCAGAAGUGCAGUUAAUUGUGAUAAAUCAAAAUAUAGAAUUGCAGUUAUUUGUGACUAAUCCAAAUUCAGAAGGGUGGUUAAUUGAGAUUGAUCCAAAUUCAAAAGUGUGUAUAAUCGUGAUUAAUCCAAAUUCACAAGUGUGGUUAAUCAUGAUUAAUCCACAAUUCACAGGUGUAGUUAAUCGUGAUUAAUCCACAAAUCACAAGUGUGGUUAAUCGUGAUUAAUCCAAUAUCCCGAAUGGGAUUAAUCGUGAUUAAACUAAAUUCUAAAGUGCGGUUAAUUGUGAUUAAACCAAAUUCAGAAGUGCGGUUAAUAGUGACUAAUCCACAUUGGGGAAUCUGGCUAAUUGUGAUAAAUCCCAAUUCAGAAGUGGAGUUAAUUGUGAUAAAUCCAAAUUCAGAAUUGCGGUUAUUUGUGACUAAUCAAAAUUCAGAAGUGUGGUUAAUUGAGAUUGAUCCAAAUUCAAAAGUGUGUAUAAUCGUGAUUAAUCCAAAUUCACAAGUGUGGUUAAUCGUGAUUAAUCCAAUAUCCCGAAUGGGAUUAAUCGUGAUUAAACAAAAUUCUAAAGUGCGGUUAAUUGUGAUUAAACCAAAUUCAGAAGUGCGGUUAAUAGUGACGAAUCCACAUUCAGGAAUCUGGCUCAUUGUAAUAAAUCCAAAUUCAGAAGUGCAGUUAAUUGGGAUUAAUCCAAAUUCAGAAUUGCGGUUAUUUGUGACUAAUCCAAAUUCAGAAGGGUGGUUAAUUGAGAUUGAUCCAAAUUCAAAAGUGUGUAUAAUCGUGAUUAAUCCACAAUUCACAAGUGUGGUUAAUCGUGAUUAAUCCACAAAUCACAAGUGUGGUUAAUCGUGAUUAAUCCAAUAUCCCGAAUGGGAUUAAUCGUGACUAAACACAAUUCUAAAGAGCGGUUAAUUGUGAUUAAACCAAAUUCAGAAGUGGGGUUAAUAGUGACUAAUCCACAUUGGGGAAUCUGGCUAAUUGUGAUAAAUUCAAAUUCAGAAGUGCAGUUAAUUGUGAUUAAUCCAAAUUCAGAAUUGCGGUUAUUUGUGACUAAUCCAAAUUCAGAAGUGCGUAUAAUCGUGAUUAAUCCAAAUUCACAAGUGUGGUUAAUCGUGAUCAAUCCACAAUUCACAAGUGUGGUUAAUUGGGAUUAAUCCACAAAUCACAAGUGUGGUUAAUUGUGAUUUACCAAUAUAACGAAUGUGAUUAAUCGUGAUUAAACCUAACUCAGAAGUGCAGUUAAUUGUGACUAAUGCAAAUUCAGGAAUCUGGCUAAUUGUGAUAAAUCCAAAUUCAGAAAUGCGGUUACUUGUGACUACCGUAAUCCAAAUUCAGAAGUGCGGUUAUUUGUGACUAAUCCAAAUUCAGAAGGGUGGUUAAUUGAGAUUGAUCCAAAUUAAAAAGUGUGUAUAAUCGUGAUUAAUCCAAAUUCACAAGUGUGGUUAAUCGUGAUUAAUCCACAAUUCACAAGUGUGAUUAAUCGUGAUUUACCAAAAUCACGAAUGUGAUUAAUCGUGAUUAAACCUAACUCAGAAGUGCAGCUAAUGGUGACUAAUCCAAAUUCAGGAAUCUGGCUAAUUGUGAUAAAUCCAAAUUCAGAAGUGCAUUUAAUUGUGAUUAAUACAAAUUCAGAAGUCUGGUUAACCUGAUUAAAAAAUGUAAUCGUUUGAGGGAUGAACACAUUUUACCUAUACAAAGUAAUUAGAAAUGGAAAUAAUCAAACUGUGAUGAUUAUACAACAUUUAACUGAAAAGGAAAUGGUUUAAAUCACAUUAUGACAAUUAUUUCUGUCACACAAGGGUAAAAAGAAGUUGAAUAAAUGUGUUUUAACUUUCGGGGUUCCAGUUCACAUGUCAGAAGGAUUUGUGGUGCCUGAUGUCACAGUUUAGACAUCGCGAAAACCUACAAUAAUGUGAAGCACACCAACCAACCUAUUCAAUGGGACAAUUCUAUUUUCUUUUUACAAAGACUAACAGACAUGCUGCGGAUUUGGCUGAUGAUGUUUGUGCUGUAUACAAUGCUUUCUUUGUCAUAAAACACAUCCUCUUGUCGCACAGAUAAUAGCACCAAGCGCUGUCAAAGUACUUGACAAGACGUGAGAAGCACAUGAAAAGACGCAGCAAGCGCACAAACAAAACAAAGAACAUCAGCAUCAUUGUGGACGUGCCUUUCGUGUCUUUUUUGUCCUAUGUGCAAAUGGAAUGAGUAAAAAAAUCAAAGUGUU